AUGGACGGGCUCAAGAUCUUCGCCCCAUCACCUAACCCAUCGCCUAAUCCAUCGACGGCGCACACGAGAACCACACAGCCAGCUUCUUCCUCUUCCAAUGUCGUUGUCAGACAUGAUGAUGGGAGUCCGUCCUCCUCUAUUGACAUGAAUCCGACCGUUAAUGUCAGGAGAUUGCUCCCCACUUCGGUAAUCACCAAUAUCUCAGUCCAUGACCUCGUCAUUCUUGCCGGCCCGGUCGAACCGGUUGCAAACCAGGGGACUGUGUCCACGCAGCACAGAGCGGGCCACAUAGCUGAUGCUGUCUGUCGAAACCCUAGCUCCAUCGUCGGAACAGGCGCCACCUUCACGACAAGACAGGUUCAAGUGCAAGGCAGCUGCAUCGAGUCUGGAUACGUCGUCACCAAAGUACCACGAAUCACCUCAAAGAAGGAGGAAGCUGGAUCUGGCCUACAAAGGCGACUGAGACGCAUACUCUUCGAAAUACGGGUCCUUACCCACGAGCCACUGAUGUUCCACGACAACAUUGUGCGGUUUCUUGGCAUUUCCUAG